GGGCGGGGCUAAAGCGGUGCUACGGGUCUCCAGUUGCCUUUGCGUUCAACGGCCACAUUUCAAACUAGAAUGGCGACUGCUGUCUGCGGUCUGCAGUCCACCGGCAACAGCAGCAAACCCGUGAAAACGCACCGAGAGCACCGCAGGAAAGCAAAGGAUUCUCGAAGGAGACAAGCGGCGUUGUUAUUUCUAACUAAUAUCUCACUCGACGGACGGCCCCAGUGUCAGCUGAGCGAUGGAAACGCCGACCACAGAGCCGCCGAGGAGCAGCGACUCGGGAGCAGAGGCAGCGGCGCAACGCUCGAGCCCCUGCCGGCGGUUAGCCAGGAACCAGUCGUCCAGGUGACUGAACCCGCCAAUGCCGGAAGUGGCUCGUCCUUCAUUUCCCCCGGGAUGGUGGUCAGUCCAACCCGACCUUCUGCAGCAAUGUCCCCGGGACCUGCCGGGGCGUCCGCUGUGGGGGCCAACGAUGUAUUUUUGGAGGUUGGUAGUGGGGCCGAGACGCUCACCCUGGACACCCCUCUGUCUCCGGUUACCACCGGACACCAGCCCUGCUCCCGUGUCAGGUCAACGGCCGCCGCUAUUAGCCCGGUCCCGACCGGUAAUUCUCUGGAUUCACGGUUGAGGAAUGUCUCUGGUUCUCCUGGACCCAAGGUGCCAAAGAAAGUCCACUUCAUCAAGAGUAUGAGACAAUACGAUACCAGGGGAUGUAGGAUCGUGCUGAUUUGUGCCAAGCGGUCGCUAUAUGCUGCUUUCUCAGUGCUGCCCUAUGGAGAGAGUGCGCACCUCAGUGACCCGAAGCUGGAAGCACAGAGACAGAGGUUGUCUUCUGUGGUGGCUGCAGACCUGCUUCCUUCCCUUGAAGGCGUGGAGCUUGGAGACUGCAGCAAGACGGUGUCGUACGCUCAGUUCCUUUACCCAACCAAUGCCUUGGUGAGACAGAAGAGCGGCGGCGCACCAGAGAACUGCCCAGCUCAGACCCCACACUCCCGUUUCCGUGGCAACGGGCAGAGGAACUUCACCCCGGCUCGCCUGAACAGCAGCGUGGCUCAAGACCCUUCUACAGAGGAGGUGGUAGAAUACAAUCCUAACCUACUCAGUGACCCUCAGUGGCCGUGUGGGAGACACAAGAGGGUUCUGAUCUUUGCAUCAUACGUGACGACUGUCGUCGAGUACGUGAAACCAUCUGACCUGAAGAAGGACAUGAAUGAGACUUUCAAGGAGAAGUUUCCUCACAUCAAGCUCACGCUGAGCAAGAUAAGAAGCCUGAAGCGGGAGAUGCGGGCCAUGAGCGACGACUGCGGUCUCCAGCCGGUCACCAUAGCGAUGGCUUUUGUUUACUUUGAGAAGCUGGUGCUGCAGGGCUGCCUCAACAAGCAGAACCGGAAGUUGGUGGCUGCUGCGUGCGUGCUGCUGGCCGCCAAGAUCAGCAGCGAUCUGCGGAAGCCAGAAGUCAAGCAGCUCAUUGAUAAGCUGGAGGAGCGUUUCCGCAUCAACAGACGGGAGUUGAUUCCGUUGGAGUUCCCGGUGCUGGUUGCCUUGGAGAUGGGCCUCUACCUACCCGAGAGUAAGGUUAUGCCACACUACCGCAAGCUGGUGCAGCAAGGCUAGGUCGCCUCGGAGUGUGUGUGGGUGGAGUAAUCGGCCCCGUUUGGGUGGUGGAGCGACCGCUUCAUAAACUGGUCUUGAAACAAAUACUUCUGAUACUAUAUAUUUUCAGUCGGCUCAAGUCGCUCACUGUUUAUGAAGGAUAACUUGUUUACUCAUAUUUAAGUACGUCUCUCUGAAUGUCUUUUUGUACGUGUGGCGUUGCUGAUGCGUUCGUGAACUCUAUGUUAGAGGUGUUUUGAGGAGCACGUUAAUUGUGCUUUUAUUUUAAUACGUCCUAGUGUUCUUAAACUAUUUAAAUUAAACAUACGCUGUGAUGUUUGUGGAAGACUCGUCUCCUGCACAUUUCUCACGACUACCCAGUCGGUUUAGUACUUAUGAAUUACAAGGAACCAAACUGUUGAUUUAGUAAAUGCCUUUUUAAGCCCACUGACAUUGAAGUGAUUUUAGCCAUGAGACUGACACUAGAUUGUUGGUGGAAAGAUCAUAACCUUCAAUUUAUGUUUGUUCAAUACUUGUAUGUUCAACAAUAAUCCAGCCACAUUCAUAUUUAUUUUAUGAAUAGAAAAUAUUAGUACACUCGUGUGGCUAGCCGAGUUCAGACUGCGCCGAUAUACACUUCAACUGUUCCGCUGUAAGGAAAGGAGUCUUGAUCUAUUUAUAGUAAAUGUGAUGUUUUUAAUUUGAAUGUCAUUAACCAGAGAUGUUUUUAUAUUUGAAAAAAAGAAAAUACUGCACUGGAAUUUAUUCCUGUCUAGUUGACGCAUCUUUCCGUUCUCAGGAGUUUUUACGUUCUCGUGUCUGAAUGGCUAAAAUCUAAUCCAAAGAGAUUAUAAUUAUAUGUAUUACAGUUGCUGUGAUCUCUGUGCUCCCAUUGUAAGUGAAUGGAAGGUGACUGAUUGUACUGCUGACAUAACAAGUACCACACUUUAUUAACGUGACUGCAGUUGCCAAUUAACGUGUAGUUCUUCAGAUUUUAGGUGUUUGUGUACGACAAGAAAAAAAGUGCCUAAAACUACAGCAGCAGUGAAAUGAACCAUGAGUGACGGUUGAGUAUUGCUGCUGUAGAGACCUUUAAGUGUUGUGGUUUGUAUUGUGCUGAAAACAUUUAUUAUGAUAAACAUCCAAAUAGAUAUAUGUAACUGCAGAAAAUGUUGUAUUUGUAUGGUUGAUGUCAAAUGUGUAUUUAUUCAUUGUUUCAUACUGUAAAAUGAAUGUUUUUCAAAUAUAUUUUCAGAAACUGAAAAAUCA